UGAGAGUCCCGCCGUGACGUCAGUGGAGCCGUUGAGUCAGUCAGCUGAGGGAGGAACUCCGACAACAGAAAGUCAACCAGGAAACCCAAGCUGCUAAACUGACCCACCGCCCGGUGUGACGGCCAAACGGCGGUAUUAACGAUAGGAAACACAUAGUAUAACAGUACAGGAUUUGUAUUUUGAUAUUUCAGUUGAUACAAAGCAGCGACAUGGCUUCCCUUUUCAAGAAGAAGACUGUCGAUGACAUCAUCAAGGAACAGUCUAAGGAGCUGCGUGGCACUCAGAGGCAGAUCACCAGGGACAGAUCAGCGCUGGAAAAACAAGAGAAACAAAUGGAGGCUGAAAUCAAGAAAAUGGCAAAGAGUGGUAACAAAGAGGCGUGUAAGAUUCUGGCCAAGCAGCUGGUCCAGCUGAGGAAGCAGAAGAACCGCACUUACGCCGUCAGCUCCAAAGUCACCUCCAUGUCUACGCAGACAAAGGUCAUGAACUCACAAAUGAAGAUGGCCGGCGCCAUGUCUUCCACAGCCAAGACAAUGCAAGCAGUGAAUAAAAAGAUGGAUCCACAGAAGACCCUGAAGACCAUGCAGGACUUCCAGAAGGAGAACAUGAAGAUGGACAUGACCGAGGACAUGAUUAACGACACUCUGGAUGAGAUCUUUGAUGAGUCUGGGGAUGAAGAGGAAUCUCAGGAUAUUGUCAACCAGGUUCUGGAUGAGAUCGGCAUUGAGAUCUCAGGAAAGAUGGUGAGAGCUCCAGCUGCAGGAAAGAGCCUCCCGAGCGGCGCCUCCUCCAAACAGGCCACCAUCUCCGACGACGAGAUCGAGAGACAGCUCCGAGCACUGGGAGUGGACUAAUUGUCUUCUCUGUAUUAAUGUUCACAUUAUAAACCUGUGCGACAUUAAUACUGAUUGAUACAGACUUUUUUAGACACAUUGGAUUUGUCAUUGUUGAGAUGCUACAGGUGUAAGAAAGGGUGCACACCAAACAAACACAUUAAAGGGACAGUUCACCGCAAAAUCAAAAAGACAUAUUUUUCCUCUUACCUGAAGUGUCAUUUAUCCAUCUAGAUUGUUUUGGUGUGAGUUGCAGAGUGUUGCCGAUAUCGGCCGUAGAGAUGUUUGCAUUCUCUUGAAUAUAAUGGAGCUACAUGGUGUUUGGUUUGUGAGGCUCAAAGUGCAAAAACAAAACAGUUUGAAAAACUCAACAGCAAUGUGUCUUUUGAGAAAUCAUGACCCGAUUACUCAAGAUCAUCCGCAGACCUUGUUGUGCGCAGUUUCAAGUAGGAAAUAUUUUCUUUCUACUGUAUCACUGCACAGAAGGAAGCGUGCAUCUACGCAUGGACGAGAGGCUCGUGACGCGUAAUCAUAAAUGUUGUCCUCGCCUGAGCUCUAACGUUAGCUAGCAAAACAAUCCAGAUGAAUAAAUAGCACUACAGGUAAGAGGAAACAUGGACUUUUUGAUUUUGAACUGUCCCUUUUAAGAAAUUCAAAGGCAUACAGGCAGACACACGCACAUACUCACACUUUCUUCAGCAGGUUGCCUUACAGAUCAUUAAGGCAGAACAACUGAUCUAUUUAAUGCGAAAAUAAUAUUUAUUAUGACACAGGAAGGUGGACCAACAAUAGAUGUUUGACGUAAAGAGUUCUGAACCUCCUACACUGUCGUUUACCACCCACCUCUGUCUUUAUAAGGGCUACAGUGUAUGUGACCGUGGAACUGGCUUUACCCGUCUGAUGUUUGGGUCUAACUUAAGUCAAAUAGUCUUAUCAGCUUUUUACGUGGCUAAAGACGGUUGCAAGAUUUAAUGAGUAAAACAUGGUAACUAAAAAGAGCUUUAGGGGAUGUCGGUGACCAGGUGGAACUUGUGUUUUUCCUACUCACAACAUUUACGUGAUUCUCUUCCUCUGAGGCAAACUACCCUCUACUCCAUGUGCACGUAUGUUAUUGUUAUGUGGGUGGAAUAUCCCGGGGUUUCAGGAAUGGGACACAGUUACUUCACCAUGCAAGUGAAAAAGCAUCAUCAACAACCUGAUCACUGUCGCCACACAAAUGAAGCAACUAGCUAAUUAAUGAUCAUGUUUUUUAAAAUCCUUAGGUACGCUACCAUAGUUACUGGAGAUGAUGUAACUCAGACAAACAUAUGCAUGUGAAAUGUGUUACUGACGAGGGUAAGGCCUUCACUUUCCUUCAACAUAGUGCAUGAGAUGGUGAGAUGUGUUGAUUCGAGGGCGAGCAUUUAAUUUGCACCGCCGAAGACGGGAUGCUGUACAAAUGUACACAAUGUAAGACUAAUAUGACCUAUUGAAGAGUUUUGAAUCGAUUGUUAGAUGCUUCUGAAAAAUCUAAUGAGUUUUUUGGAUUUUCUUUUUUAAUUCUUGGUUGAUCUGAUUGUGUAUCUUAUACUGGACAUGGGGUUUACACAGGGAUUGUAGGAUGACUCUGGUUCUGCAGUCGCUCCUCUCUUUCAGCUGCUGUGCAGUUACUGUCAUAUGUUAUUUUAAGCUGCCUCACACACACUACAGCAACAACAACAUGAUGGAAGUGUUUGCGAAAGUUCUACUGUGAUCCAAGAGAUGUCUUCUCUUCUUCAGAGCUGAAGCUGGCCCUCAGACUGACAGAGACAUAUUAAGUCUUUGUCUUUCUCUCUAUGGCCUUUUCUUCCCACAUUGAUUCCCAUUGCCAAAACAAAUUGCAUGCAUCUGACAUGUACAAUACACAAUUAAUUUAGUAAAUCAUGCUUUCCUCUACCUUUUUGACAGUGUAUUGUGAUUGUGAGCGGAAACGACGUUUAACACAGUUCAACAUCGUUUAAGUGCAGUUCCAUGUUAGGACAUGUUCACACUUUUUUGAAAGAAAGGUGUAUGUAUACUCUUCUUUAUUUGUUUUAGUCAUUGUAAAGGGUUUAUGGCUUUUAUAAUGAAUAAAGUUUCUUCAGGUACA